AUGUCUGACCCGAAUAAUCCUAACAUCAAAUCGAGAACAACUCCUCAGUGGUCACUCUACCGCCGUGAAGCGUUCUGGAAUACUAAUUCCGGACAAUUUCCGCCCUUCAACACUGAUCCGACUGAGGUUGAGAAACUCGCAAAGGAAAAGCUGUCCCAAGGAGGAUGGUAUUAUUCUUCCUGCAACGCAGGUCUUUCAUGGACCCAUCUAGCAAAUCGUCAGGCAUUCUACCGCCACCGAAUCAUCCCUCGCACUCUAGUCGACACCAACAUCAGAGACACAGCCACAGAGAUCUUCGGUCAUAAAGUCUCUGCUCCCAUCGGCUUUGCUCCAAUUGGCAUCAACCGUAUCUACCAUGCAACCGGCGAGAUAUCUGUUGCAAAAGUUGCCGAAGAACUGAACCUUCCGUACUGCCUCUCUUCUGCGGGCAGCUACAGCAUAGAAGACGUCGGCAAAGCCAACGGCAAUGGACCACGAUUCUUCCAAUUAUACCUAAGCCACGAUGAUGAAUUGGCUAUUUCCAUGAUGCAGCGUGCCUGGGACUCUGGUUUUGAUGCUUGUAUGCUCACUACGGAUACCUGGUCUUUGGGAUGGCGCCACAAUGACGUGUUCACGGGGAACUAUUCGUUUUAUCACGAACAUGGAGCGGGUGAUAUUGCUUUGCAGGAUCCUGUUUUUCAAAGGCGUUUGAAAGAGGCUGGUAUUGAUCCGAAGAAGAAUCCUAAAGAGGCGGGGGCAAAGUGGAUUGAUGAGAAUAUCUGGCAUGGUCGGGCUCAUACUUGGGAAAAGGUACAGUGGGUGAUGGCUCAGUGGAAGAGGAUCAGUGAUGGCCGUCCGUUUUGUCUGAAGGGUAUUCAAAGCGUUGAAGCGGCGAGAAGAUGUGUGGAGAUGGAAAUCGACGGGAUUGUGGUUACGAAUCAUGCUGGUAGACAAGUUGACGGUGCCAUUGCAAGCCUUGAUGCUCUGGAGAAGAUUGUUGAUGCUGUCGGUGAUAGCAUAUACAUCAUGUUCGACUCUGGCGUGCGCACCCCAGCCGAUGCUUUUAAAGCUCUUGCUCUCGGAGCAAAGUUCGUAUUCAUAGGAAGAUUAUGGGUGUGGGCACUGAGUAUCGCCGGUGAACAUGGUGUACGCCACAUUAUGAAGAGCUUUUUGGCCGAGUUCGACCUUCUGAUGGAAGAAGCUGGGUUCCAAUCAAUUGAUCAGAUCGAUCGCUCAGCCAUUGACAGUCGUCCAAAUACCUCCCACUUGAUUGCCGAGCAAGCCUACAUCUAA